CCGCAAGCCCAGCCAAGCCAGCGGAGGAAACCACAAAACCAAGGGCGAAGACGCCUGAACCACCGCGAGCCCCCACCCCACCACCCCCGAGAAACCGAAACGCGCCUCCGCUGGGAGGGAGAUCCCCCCGUCCCCCCACCCAUUUCAAUUUUCAAAAGUUCGUGGAGGCGCCGCGCCGCCGCCGACGAGGAGAGAGAGAGAGAGAGAGAGAGAGAGAGAGAGAAGAGAGGAUAGGAGAGGUCCCGCCCCCUCCUCAUCCUCCUCCCCCCCUCCCCGAGCCCGAUGUUGUCCGACCAGGAGCUGGCCCACUACGUGGAGUCCCUCGUCCGCCAGACCGCCGCGCGGGGCGGCGCCGGGAUAUCGGCGGACUCCGUGGUGCGCCAGCUCGGGGCGCAGCUCGGCGUCGACGUCUCCCCCAAGGCGCCGCUCAUCCGCAGCGUCCUCGUCGCGCUCCUCGGCCCGGCGGCCGCCGCGCCGGACCCCGCCGCCGCCGCGCGGAAGGACCCCUUCGACCCCGCGGCCGGCGGCGGCGCCCGCGCCGAGGCCCCCGCGCAGCAGCUGCCCUUCUCCACCUCCGCCGCCGCCGCGGCGUCUUCGGCCUCCGCCCCGCCCCCCGCGCCGGCCGUUCCCCACUUCUUCCCGCAGCAGAUGCAGUCCUACCUCUCCGCCUCGCAGCAGUACCAGCACCAGCAGCACCGCCCCGGCGCGCCUGCCUCGCCGUUCGACGUCGCCGCGUCGUACCGCUACGGGCACCAGCCCUUCCCGCAGGGGGACCAGGCGCAGCUGCAGAGGCUCGUCCAGCUACAGCAGCACCAGCAGCACCAGCAGAUGGCCGCCGCGGCGGCGGCUGCCUCUGCAGCGGCAGCCACUCCGGGCGAGAGUCCCCGUGCGGCGGCGGCGGCGGCGCCAGCUGGCUCCAAGAAGGACAGCAGUGCUAGUGCUGGAGCAAAACGAAGAGGUGGUCCAGGAGGAUUAAACAAAGUCUGUGGUGUGUCUCCGGAGCUGCAAGCUAUCGUUGGUGAACCAGCCAUGGCUAGAACUGAGAUUGUUAAGCAGCUUUGGGCAUACAUCCGCAAGAACAACUUGCAGGAUCCUAACAAUAAGAGAAAGAUCAUAUGCAAUGAUGAGCUGCGAUUAGUUUUUGAGACUGAUAGCACUGACAUGUUCAAGAUGAAUAAGCUUUUAUCUAAGCAUAUACGUCCUCUUGAGACUACAAAUGAUUCGAAACGAGAGUCAAAGAAAAUGAAGCCAGAGGGUGGUGAACCUAUUUCUCCUGUUGAAACUGAUGUUAAGCAGCUUUCCUUUGUCGUUUCUGAUGCUCUCGCCGCCUUUUUUGGGACUGGAGAAAGAGAGAUGCCUCAUUCUGAGGCUGUUAAGCGUGUAUGGGACCAUAUUAAAAGCAAUAAUCUAGAGGAUCCAGAGAAUCCCACAGUGAUACUCUGCGACUCAAAACUUAAAGAACUCUUUGGGUGUGAAAGUCUUACUGCUCAUGGUGUCUCGGAGUUGGUUUCAGACCAUCUUUUCAAGCAACCUGCCAAGAUCUGACUGACGAAACAUCUUCUGGACUCUAGUUGGGCUAACAUCCUGGUUAGUGGCCACUGAUGAAACAACAGAAAUCUGCUGAAAGUGUUUGUUAUCUCUUUCUUAUUGUUGGGCUGAUUUACCUGUGAGAAACGGUGGGUAAUCUCUUCACAGUAGCAAGGAAUGGGAGUUGUUACAUAGUCUAGUCUGAAUGUCUGAUGUCUGCUAAAGGGUCAGACGUAGUAGUGUAUCUGACUUUCUAGUUUGUUAAAAGAAAGCAGCUGAAAGGACAGCCAGAGCUGAUGUACUUUGCCUGAUGUAAAUUCAGCUACCGUAGGUGCGUUUUCUGGUAAGAAGUUGCUUUCUAGUUUGCUACCAGAAAGCCUCUUACAGUGCUAGUUGACUUGAGACACCUGUACCUCCAGUAUUAUGUUCCUGUAGGUGAUACCUAACUUAUACAGUUUAGAUGGUUAUUAUCGGAAUGUUCAGCUUUUGCC